UAGUUCUAAUGUUUACAUCUAAAGAAUAAAAGUCAUAAAACGUGGUGAAUAAUCAACAUUUAAUUUUAUUAUUAUUGGUACUUCCUUUUUUGGCGGUGGAGCUCAAAGCAGACAAAACAUUACUUUAAAAUCACAACACUCACACAUUCAAUAAAAUAAACCAAAUAAAAUACGUAAAAUAAAACAAAAUUAAAAGUUUAUUUACAAAAAAAGAAGAAGUAAAUGACUUAAAAGUCGAAUUGACUUGAAGUUACCAUUUUUGAUCUAUUCAUUUAUUGUAAACAUGUGUCAUUUAAUUUUAUAGGUUGCUAAAUGGGAUUUUCUUGAGUUUUCAUAAUGAAGUCAGUAAUUCCGAGCUGCACUUGAACGCCACAUCCGCUACCGGGAGGUACAGCGCCGCAGCUCUCUUUAGAAGGGCACAACAACAAAGCAUGUGCAGGAGGAAGACGCACUAAUCUGUCCACACACUGACGGAUCAUGGCCGGCCGACGCGGUUCUCCCAGAGAACCCGCCGAACCAGAACCGUCCAAAGAGAGCCGGAGAGCGGGGGAGUCCGUGCGGGAGCUGCCGCGGUGGAUGCGGCUGUACUUCUACGGGAUGCACGGCGUGACUUUGGACGUCCUGCUGUCAUCCCUGCAGGGGGUUUUGAACCACCGGGACCCUAAGCUGGUGGGCUUUUCCUCUCCCUAUCUCUGCGUGAUGCAUUCACUGACCCACUUCGCGUUGGAGAAGAUAUACUCUCAAAAGAGGUGUUUCCAAGGUCGACCCGUAGCGUUUCAUCUCGUCUUCUACCCGUCAGUCUACAUCGGACUCCAGAUCCUGAUCGGGAACGUGAAGACCCUGACCGAGCAGGUGCGGGUGGUGUCUGGGACGCAGCUGGUGCUGCACUACAUCCUGGCUCUGUACUUCUCUCAGGUGUUCCACAGAGGGAUGUCCCAGCUGCAGUACCACCCUUCCUCCUUAUGGACCAGUGGAGGUCAGCGACCCCUCCAAGCCCUGCCAGGGUUUGCCCGGUUCCUCUUCUUUGGGAUGCACGGCUUCCUGGAUGAGGUGUUCUUCACCUCCCUGUUCAACUUGGUGGAGAAGUCUGACCGGAGCCUCUGCGGACACACGUCUCUGUGGUCCUUCAUCAUGUAUGGGAGCUGCAGCUUCGUGGUGGAGAAGCUCUACCUUCAUCUGCACUUCGGCCGAGGCUGGGGGACCCUGAGGCGGCUCCCCAUCUACGUCUGCUUCAUCUACACCUGGGAGUUCACCUGGGGUCUGAUCCUGCGGCAGUUCGACGCCUGUUCCUGGGACUACUCCCACUACCCCCACAACUUCAUGGGACUCAUCACCCUCCUCUACCUCCCGGGAUGGAUCUGCUUGAGUCUCUACCAGGACAUACUCUCCAACGUGUUGCUCAAAAUCAAGUGGGUCAAAGAGGUUGUCUGCUUGAAAGUGGAGAACGGAGAACUUAAUGGACAAACAGAGUCAAAGAAAAAAAAACUUUAAAUGUGUUUUUUUAUUUUAUUUUGAACACCUUUUAGCUAAAACGUGGCUUAAAGACCUACUCAAAAAAAUUAUUAUUACAAUUAUGCUGCUUGGAUCCAAAAUUUAAAUAAAAUAUAUUUAAUUUUCUAGGACAUAGUUUUUUACAGAUCGGCAUUAGUUCAUUGAAAAUUUCCCUAUGAGUUGUGGGGAUGACGGAGUAAGCCCGCCCCCACUUCCCCUCAUCUAUAUGUUUGCACACUUUUCCUAGUUUUCUUCUCUGAUGUUGAGUCGGGGUCGGUUUGUUGGCUAACAGGAAAAGUGUAACAAUCACAGCCUAAACAUAAACAUUUGUUGUCUUUCGAAUAAACAACACAUAGCCAAAUUUUAAAUAAUUUCUGUAAUCUUCACAGGAAAAAAUAAUACUAAAAAGUGGAAUAGAAAGUCAUGUUAUAUGUGGGUCUGGAUCGGACAGAUUGAGAAAAAAUAAAUAAUAUUUAUCUGAUAAUUCCCAGGAGGCCGGGCUAAACGUGGAGGAGCGCCGGAUCCGGCCCGUGGGCCGUAGUUUGGAGACCCUUUGACAUUUUCUAGUGCUGUCCGAAUCUACAAUUCCAAGAUUGAGCAAAAUAGAAAUUUCCUAGAAGUCUUUGCAAAAAACUAGUGAGCAUCGACGCUCACUACAUCAGCGUAUAUAGACCACGAUGCAUUGCGGUUGAAAACAUUUUUGCGUACAAAAUUAGUUUGACGUAUUUUUUUAAUAAACUGUCCACAUUUUCAUCAUCAGAACACAGUGGAUUCAUAAAUUGACGUCGUGAAAUAAUUUUAUUGAUUCAAUUUUCACUUUGUGAAACAGGUGAAGUCAUAUGUGGCGUUUAGAAAGAAAAAGAGCGAAAAUGGUGUUCGUAUUACUUUUAAAAUUCAGAGCACUGCAUAGCUUUUAAAUAGUUAGGGAUUAGAGUGGGAAUUCAGACAUAGUCCCUCAUGCUAGCUUAGCUUCACAACCCCAAGCUAACAUUAGCAGUGAAAAAAAAUGGCGAGAAAUAUUGGAGCUACCCAGCCAUACAGUUUUAAGCUAGCUCAGACGAGGAGAACAAAGACGUUCGUGGAUCUAUUUAUCCUCGUUUCCACUGAGCGGUACGGUACGGUCUGGUAUUUUGUACGUUUACAUCAUAAAAUGGACCCAUUAUACUUAACCGAACUGUACCGUUUUUGGGCCCUUUUUGAUUAUAGGUCCAUAGAGAAAUGGAGCGGUCCAGUUAGGCGGAAGAAAGCGUCUGUACUUCUCUUCGCUUAAACAACAUUAAAGUUAUAUAUAUAUAUAUGAUA